AUGGACCCUUUCACCUCGUUGUACCGCUGCCAGAUUGGCGGCGCAGACAUUAUCUCCUACUCCUACACGGACAUGCCUUGGAAGCUGCUGGGAUGGGACAUUUACUACUUCUUUGUGUACGCGUGGGCGCUGCCCUGGGUGCUCUGGCCCAUGUUCACGUACGGCUCCGGGGAGCUGGAUGAGCUGUAUCCCACGUUCCAGAACCUCUUUUGCGUGUUCAUGCACCUGAUUUUGGCGAUCCUGCAGCUCGGCUUUAUCAUCGCGCUGCCCUUGACCGUGAUUUUACCGGUCUGGGUGGCUACGGGGGGUAUUGGCGCCUUCCUGCUGGGCAACUGGCUGCUCUGCAAGCUCCUCAACGGCACGGGGCGCGAGUUCAGCUCCGACGACGUCUUUGCGGCUGAGUUGCCCGAGCACGCUCAUGAGCAGUGGGUAUUUGUCAAUGGCGUGGCCGUCGGGCGACACUGGUUCAAGAACAACCUAAAUCGUCUAGCAUUGACGUUCAAGCGCCCCGUCCUCGGCAUACACAACGAGACACGCGGCAUUAUCUUUGAUGUCUUUGAGUGUCUUCUCCAGCGCAACUUUUCCUAUGCGACGACAGAUGUGCGCAUCACGUACCGCGUGCUCAAGAACAUUCUCUACGAUCCCAGCAAAUCCAAGGUCGUGCUCAUACUGCACAGCCAGGGCGGCAUCGAAGGCGGUCUGGUUCUGGACUGGCUGUUGCAGGAGUUGCCGCAGGAUCUUCUCAGCAAACUGGAGGUGUAUACCUUUGGCUGCGCGGCGAAUCACUUCAACAACCCGCAUCGCCACGCCUUUGCGCAGAACCUUAUGAAGGAGCAUCCGCGCUCUGCAAUCCACACUAUGCUCACCGAGACGAGCUUCGCCAGCGAACCUCUAGUCGAUGGCCAGAGUGAUAUGAACGCCAAGGACCCCGGGCAAGAGAGCACCCUGAGUCGGGAGAACUCCUUGUCCAGUUCGCGAACGAUGAGCGUGAGUAAAGAUCGGGCUAUUGGCCACAUCGAGCACUACGCGCACUCUACGGACUUUGUCGCCAUAUGGGGCGUCCUGCACUUUGCCACGAACCGUACCAACUCUCCACAGAUCCCACGCUUUCUUGGUCGCCUGUUUGUGCAGUCGACCGGCGGCGGGGGCCACCAGCUCAACCAGCAUUAUCUCGACGGCAUGUUUCCUCUCAAGAGGAAUGACAAGGGGGAGUUCACCGGCGUGGAGGAGGAGAACAACGAGUUCAUGAACGAGGUCGUCAGGCUGGGCGAGGAAGGGGCCGCCAUGAAGAACAUACGCGAGGCGUUUGACAUAACGUACGCUGGCACGGAUGGAUUUGGCACCGGGGAGAGUAGCGAACCUGUGGAGGUGCACGGCGUUGAGCACGGGAAGCGAAGUAUUGUCAAGAGGAAGGAGGUGAGGGUGAAGGAUCUCAGUCGGCUGUGGUUGUACCGCGACGGGAAGAGUCCCAAGGGCGAGAUGCCACCCAUGUUGGUCGGCGAGUAUGGCGUGGCUAGGAACGCGACCAUGUGA